AUGAGGCAGAACAACCUCAUACCACGCACGUUUGACCACGAUGGUCCAAAGAAGUAUGAGGCAGAGAAACCUCAUACCAUGCACAUCUUCGCCGCGCGUCUUUUGUUUCCGCCUUACCCUUGCCUCGUCUUGGAUGCUCGACAAGUCAGUGUCGAAGAUAUUUUGCUUAUAAGUGAAAACCGUCGUACAUCGUCCGAGAUGGCCCUUUGGGCUAGAACGCAGCACCUUUCCCCGGAGCUGUUCAAACAAGUUGAAUCGCUGUAUCGCCCCGAGCUUUUCCCGAUUGAAAUUCGGCAUUACCUGGCUCAGUGGAUUGAAGAACAGAAUUGGAACGAAAUUGACCCAGAUGAUCCUCAAUGCUUCGAUGGUGCUCAUCAAUUUGUUUCUCAAAUGAUAGUGAAGUUGAACGAACUUGCUCAGAAUGAAUUCGUUCUACCAUACCAGAUCAAGAACUGGGUGGAAAAUUUAAAGCUUCGUUACUUGCCUAGUCCUCUGGAACUAAUCAAAAUCUUGAAGCAUUGUCUCGAUGUGGAAGUUCGACUCGUUCAACAAGCGGAAUCCGGCAUCGCGAUGGGCAGCGUUGAUCCGACUCCGAAUCUUUGGAUCGUUCAACAGCUGGAAGAACUGCGCCAAGUUACUCAACAGACCGCUAGUGAGCUGCGGCGCAUCGAGCAAGAACAGGAGUCAUUUUUGUUGCAAUGCAAUGAGUACCGCCGGUUGAUGCUGUAUAUGGAAACGCAACUGAGUCAAGCCACGGAUCAGCAGAAAGCUGAACUGGAAAAGAAACAUUUGAAGCAAAAGGAAAGCAAGACUAACGAACUCAGAGCUAAGAACGCUGAAUUGGUUCACGGCCGAGUGACAUUAGCCGGAAAAUACGAAGAAACGAUUACGGGGCUGCAACAAGUGCAAAGUCGAGUUCUCGAUAUUCAUUUGACUCAAUGGAAGCGAGAACAACAACUUGCAGGCAACGGAGCUGGCUUCAACAAUAACCUAGACAUCAUCCAGCAGUGGUGCGAAAACCUUGCCGAACUGAUUUGGAUGAACAGACAACAAAUCAAAGAGCUGGAUCGACUCAUCGUCGCGUCGCAAUCACUCGGCACCAGCAACAGUGGCGCGGAACUGGUUUCUCAACUCAGAAACAAAAGCACCGAGUUGUUGUCUUCUCUGGUCACGUCGACGUUCGUGGUGGAAAAACAACCCCCACAAGUGAUGAAAACUAACACGCGGUUUACUGCUACGGUUCGGCUGCUUGUAGGAGCUAAGUUGAAUGUACACAUGAGCUCCCCGUUGGUCAAAGUUAGUAUUCUGAGUGAAGCUCAAGCGAAUGCUCUACUGGUUCAAAACGAACAACACGGCACGAAGUUCGAAGGCAGCGGGGAAAUUCUCAACAACUCGGGGACGAUGGAAUACAUAUCUGCCACGCGACAAUUGGUUGUGAAUUUCAGAAACAUGCAACUACGGAAGAUCAAACGCGCCGAAAAGAAGGGCACCGAAAGCGUCAUGGAUGAGAAAUUCUCGCUUCUUUUCCUUUGCGACUUCUCCAUCGGAGCCGGAGAAUUACAGUUCCAGGUUGGCUCC